AUGCAUAAAUAUAUUGAGAUAUUAACACCAAAAGGAAAUUCCACGAAUAGUGAAGUCAUAUCUCAGGAAAAAUUUGAAGAUUCAGUAGUAGAAUCAAAUGAACACUUGGAACAACUAAGACGGAAUAUUGAUGAUACAAGUUCAGAUGUUAAUACUUCACAGCCCAAAGGAAAAUUAAAAAAAAAAAACAUACUGAUGACAAAAUCAAAAAAAAAAAAAACAAAAAUUGAUUAUUCUUUGGACAACGCUGUUGAUCCAUUAAAAUAUGUUUGUUCUAAACAAGAAAAUGAAAACGAAUUUGUUUUAUUUGGAAAGCUUGUUGGAACUCAACUCCAAAAACUUCCACUACAACAUGCACUAAAUGUACAAAACGAAAUUCAGAAUUUGCUGAUAAAAGAACGUCUCAAGGCUAUGUCAAAUCAAUCAAAUUUGCAGUGUCCUGAUUAUAAUUCAAUGUCCACUAAUGAUAUAUCUACGUCAAUAGACCAUACUGACCAUACAGAAAUUUUAAUUGAGAAUAAUGAAGAUAUCGAUUAUGAAUAUGUAAAUUUAGAAUGUCCAUCACAAGAUGAAAGACCAUCAAAUGUGACUCUAUUCUAUAAUAAUUGGAAAAAUUGA